UCGGGUCGCGCGCGCGCGCGUGUCCGUGAGGCGGAGCGCGAGUCAAACUCACACAAGCAGCCGUUCAUAAAGCGAGAAACUCACCGACAGUCGCCGUCAGCUGCCGAGCCGUGUGUGUAUGGGCUUCUAUCAUGCGGUGACAGCGGGGAGAAACACAGAAACAGGAUCUGUGAACGUGAUGCACGGUCCAGACAUGAACGGAAACGGAGUCACAGCGCAGUCCUCACAGAUGAACGGUCACGGCUCACUGUCUCCAGAUGUUUCUGCCAAAAAGUCGGGUGGAAAAGCUCUGUAUGAGCAAAGGAAGAACUACAUCAGGAACAGCAUCAACAGCCUGACGGACACGUCACAGUACCAUGUGGAGCAUCUGACCACGUUUGUGAUGGACCGCAAGGAGGCGAUGCUGACCAUCGAGGACGGCAUCAGGAAGCUGCGUCUGCUGGACGCUAAAGGGAAGGUGUGGACGCAGGACAUGAUCCUGCAGGUGGACGGGAAAGCCGUCAGCCUCAUCGACAACGACAGCAAGAACGAGCUGGAGAACUUUCCUCUGGCCUCCAUCCAGCACUGUCAGGCCGUGAUGAACGCCUGCAGCUACGACUCCAUCCUGGCGCUUGUGUGUAAGGAGUCCGGUCAGGGCAAGCCGGACCUGCACCUGUUCCAGUGCGACGACAUCAAGGCCAGUUUGAUCCACAUGGACAUCGAGAGCGCCGUCAGCGACAGCAAGAGCGGGAAGCUCAAGAAGCGUCCGGAGGUGCUGAAAAUGAUCCUGAAGAGUGACGGGACCAUCCCUCCGCCCCCAGGAGGCCCCGCCCCCGAGCCUCCAGGAGCUGUCAAUCAAGUUCACGCCAAGAGCCGGGUGGCCAGUUGGUCUGCGUGGACCAAUCAGGAGCAUGACCCACAAAGACAUUACACAGAGCUGGACGGCUCUCCUGAGAUGAGCGCAGAGCAAGUGGACCGAGACGUGCAAAUCCUCAAUCACAUUCUGGGCGACAUCGAACACUUCGUCACCAAACUGCAGAAAGCCGCCGAGGCCUUUACUGAGCUCUCCAAACGCAAGAAAACCAAGAAGAGCAAAAAGAUAGGACCCGGAGAGGGGGUUUUGACGCUUAGAGCUAAACCUCCGUCUCAGGAUGAGUUUAUCGACUGUUUCCAGAAGUUCAAACACGCCUUCAACCUGCUGGGGAAGUUGAAGAACCACAUUCAGAACCCCAGCGCUGUGGAUCUGGUCCACUUCCUGUUCAAUCCUCUCAGACUGGUGAUCCAGACGUCUGGAGGGGUGGAUCUAGCUAAAAGCGUGAUCGUUCCUCUCCUCACCAGAGAAGCCAUUGACUUCCUGCACGUGGCAGGUUCGGCAGAGGAGAGACACCUGUGGGUCACGCUGGGAGACGGAUGGACCAAAUGCAGGUUGGAGUGGCCGAAGGAUCACCCGUUUCCUCCGCACACGCUGUGUUUCCGGGACGGCUGGGAGCCGCCGGUGCUGGUGUCUCGUGAACAGGACGUGGCUCAGCCGGCAGAGAGGCGUGGCACGGCGCAGAACGAGCUUCAGAGACCUGCAGACCAGCCGCUGGUCCAGGACUUCCCCGGUGCAGACGGGUACGACUACAGUCACACUUCUUACAAGCGCUUGCAUCUGCUGGAGCCAGACAUGGCCGUGGCUGCUUUUAAACACGCGGUCAGCCGUCAUGUAGAUAGGAACCUGGAGGCUCACAGCCGGACGCAGAGGAACUUUGCCAAAUCCAGAUACGACUUUGUGGCCAGAAACAACACUGAGCUGUCUGUGAUGAAAGACGAGGUGGUGGAGGUGCUGGACGACAGGAAGCAGUGGUGGAAGGUGCGUAAUGUGUCGGGCGCUUCGGGAUACGUGCCAAACAACAUCCUGGAGAUCAGCAGGGCAGUGGACGUGACGAGCCGCGGGGAGCCCGUCUACAGCCACACCAUACAGAAGCAGCGCUCGGAUUAUGUGCCCAAACCGGUGGUGACGGAGGCCACGCCCACUCCCACCCCUACAGCCCCGCCUCCUCCCGCCCCGCUGCAGAUCCCCACCCCCCCACUGCCCCCCGCAUCCACCCAACAUCAGGACACUCCUCCAGACGACAGCCAACAACACAACAACAACAACAGCAGAGAGAGCGAGGGAGUGACCAUGAGAGAGCACCAGAGAGAGAGAGGCGCGCCUGCCAACCGUCGUAAGUCCAACAUGGAGGAGGUUCAGGACGAGCUGAUGCACAGACUGACUCUGGGACGCAGCGCUCAGAAGAAAUCCCAGACUCCGUCUCAGUCCAGCAGCUCGACGGCGGUCAGCAUCUCCUUCGACUCGGCGCCGGACGACGUCAAGGCCUGGCUGCAGCUCAAAGGCUUCAGCGAAGUGACCAUCAACAGUCUGGGAGUGCUGACCGGCGCUCAGCUCUUCUCUCUGAACAAAGACGAGCUGAAGACCGUCUGUCCUGAUGACGGAGCGCGAGUCUUCAGCCAGAUCACCGUCCAGAAAGCUGCUCUCGAGAGGAGCUCAGGCUCGGAGCUGCAGGAGAUCAUGAGGAGACGCCAGGAGAAGCUGGCAGCGGAUUCCGGCGUGGAGUCCUUCGACGAGGGGACCAGCCACUGACCCCUCUCUCACCUCUGUGACCUCUGACCUCUUACAGGACGCCGUGGAGCGCGCUCAGUUUGCCGCCAUAAUGCGCCGUCGUCAGGAACUCUUGGACCCGUCCGAUAACGGAACCGGAUCGGAUGCGGACGAGCGCUCGUGACGAGAUUCCCAAAGGCUUUUUGUAGAGAUGUGUGUAGCCUAGUGCCAUCGACUUCAUCCCGGAAACAUUCACUUAUAUAUCCGCAAUCAAAGGUGUGGAUGUAUUCCCAAACGAUUGUCUGGAUCUCGGACCAGAUGUUGAUUUGAUUAACUGUUGUCCCUCACCUAUCCACCUGGAAAACUUUGUUUUUGUUUGUGUUACUAGCAAAAUACUGAACGGACUGUACAUGAGCGCCAAAAUGAGAAAUGUCCGUUUCUGUUGACCUGACACGAGUUAUUUGAGUUUCACACGGACAUAUGCAAGGCCAAAUAAAGUCCUCAGAAAUAUGACGUUUGGCCAAAUCAAUCUCUAGGUUCAAGGUUUCUGUUUAAACACAAAUGUCACACGCAUUCAGUCUGUAACUAUAAAGCGUGUGCAGAAUAAAUGGAAUCAUGUGA